CUUAGCAUGAGAAAAAUGUCUUUAAAUAAUGUGUAUUAUAAUUUUAAAUAUUUAUUUAUUUUUACAGGUGAAGAUGGAGCUGGGAAAACAAGCUUAAUAAGAAAACUUCAGGGAAUUGAGGAGUAUAAGAAAGGCAGAGGAUUAGAAUAUUUGUACUUAAAUGUUCAUGAUGAAGACAGAGAUGAUCAAACAAGAUGUAAUAUAUGGAUUCUAGAUGGAGACCUGUAUCAUAAAGGCCUCCUUAAAUUUUCACUGGAUGCCAUUUCAUUGAAGGACACUCUAGUUAUGCUCAUUGUUGAUAUGUCAAAGCCUUGGACUGCUUUGGAUUCUUUACAGAAAUGGGCAGGUGUUAUUAGAGAACAUAUUGAUAAAUUGAAAAUUCCUCCUGAAGAAAUGAAAGAAAUGGAACAAAAGUUGAUUAGAGACUUCCAAGAAUACGUAGAACCAGGGGAAGAUUUCCCAGCUUCUCCUCAGAGAAGAAAUACACAGGAAGACAAAGACGACAGUGUGGUUUUACCUCUGGGUGCAGAUACACUUACACAUAACUUGGGCAUUCCAGUACUAGUAGUUUGCACAAAGUGUGAUGCAAUUAGUGUAUUGGAGAAAGAACAUGACUACAGAGAUGAACACUUUGAUUUCAUUCAGUCACAUAUCCGGAAAUUUUGUUUACAGUAUGGUGCCGCACUUAUUUACACUUCAGUAAAAGAAAAUAAAAAUAUAGAUUUGGUAUAUAAGUACAUCGUUCAAAAACUAUAUGGAUUUCCAUAUAAGAUUCCUGCAGUUGUUGUGGAGAAAGAUGCAGUAUUUAUUCCAGCAGGGUGGGACAAUGAUAAGAAAAUAGGAAUAUUACAUGAAAAUUUUCAAACAUUAAAAGCAGAAGAUAAUUUUGAAGACAUAAUCACUAAACCUCCUGUUCGAAAGUUUGUGCAUGAGAAGGAAAUUGUGACAGAAGAUGAUCAAGUAUUUCUUAUGAAGCUACAGACCCUUUUGGCUAAGCAACCACCAACUGCAGCUGGAAGGCCUGUGGAUGCCUCGCCAAGAGUCCCAGGAGGCUCACCUCGAACACCAAACAGAUCUGUGUCCUCCAAUGUGGCCAGUGUAUCUCCCAUUCCUGCAGGAUCAAAAAAGAUUGAUCCAAACAUGAAAGCUGGAGCUACAAGUGAAGGUGUCCUGGCAAAUUUCUUCAAUAGCUUGCUAAGUAAAAAGACUGGCUCUCCAGGUGGUCCAGGUGUUGGAGGUGGAAGCCCUGGAGGUGGGGCUGGAGGGGGAAGCAGUGGUUUACCACCAUCAGCCAAAAAGUCAGGCCCGAAGCCCGUCAUAGCAGACGUCCAUGCAGAACUAGACAGGAUUUCACGAAAACCAGUUGCAGUUUCUUCUACAACACCUACAUCUCCUACGGAAGGAGAAGCUUCUUGAAGAUACCAAAUAAAGCUAUCUCUUCAGUUUUCUGGGAUAAUGUAAACUUGCCUCUGCCAUUUCCUUCAAAAACGGAAUUAGGGAGCUUGAGUGCUUUUUUGGAUGGACUAAACAUUUUUUUGUUUGUUUUGGUUACCCAUUUUUUAUAAAAGGGAGCUAUAAAGAAGAAAACGUAUUCUACACUCUGUAUGUAGGGUUUCUGUUUGCAUUGCCACUUUGCAUAAAGACGUAAUUUUGGAUUUUGAAAAACUCAAUUUAGAGAUGUGAAAUAAAGCUGAGUGAUCAUAUUCUAAAAACUAUUUAAGACUUAGGAGGGUUUAAGGAAGGGCAGAAAACAAUACGCUUUGGGCAUUUGACUGAAUUUGGAUGUUGAAGCUUAUUUUAUUUAUGACAAUUAAAAUCAUUUUUUAAAAUUAUGUGUUAGUUUUGCCAACACAGAGAAGAUGAUCAGCGUCAGAUUUUCCACACUAACGUAAACAUGCCAGGACACAUGUUAAGGAAGCUGUCAUAUAACAUUAGUCAUUGUCUCAAUCCAUGAUCCUGAAAAUUGUCAUCAAAAUAUGAAUGAAUAAUGUUGACCAAGAUUUGUUUGUUUAACUGAGAAGAAAAGGAAGCACACUGCCUAAAUGUGUUAAAGAAAAAUGCAGAGGUUACUAAAAUGUAAAGAAGUAACAGCCUUUGAAUUUGUCAAUAUAUGUAUAUCUUUCUAUAUAUAUGGCCCUGCCUUAAUAUGCCCCCCUUUUUGUUUGUGACUUUCAACUGUAAUCAGUUAAUAAAGUAUUUAUUCUCUGCA